CAAAAACAGAUUUUAGAGAGCUAUACAAAAUAAAAUGAUGAAGAUUAUUGGAGUUAUGAUUAUGAUGAUGGUUAUCUUGGGUUGCACACAAGCCAUUCCCAUUACACCUGAGAAAACAUCUACUUUCAGUGAAACAGGAACUCCGGACAAAGUAUGUAGUGUGAAAUGUUUCUUUGAAUGUAUAACAUCAAAAGAUCUAUCAUGUUAUCAUGAUUGCAAGGAAAAAUGUAAUCAUAGGUCUCUUCCCGGUGUUUACUAUGAAUGCAUUAAUGGAUGCGGCAUGACCAAAUCUACAAUAGGUGAUCGAGCUGUUGUGACCGCUGAUAUAAACUCUUGUUUACAAAAAUGUCGCAGCAAGAUAUAAUUUUUUUAAACAAUGUAUG